AUGACCAUUUUCUAUAGUGACCUCUCUGGUGAAACCGACGAAGGCCAGAAAGCUGUCAAAUUGGAUACAGCCGAAAGCGGCCUCAGCAGAAAACGCAUGGAAAGUCAAGACGGAAAAGCCACAGCUCUACCGCCACUUUUGUCCAAAGUCAACGGAAAUAUUGAGGUUCUUGGAUUCAACGCCCGUCAACGUAAUGCCUUCUUCAAUGCCGUUAUGCGCUAUGGAAUGCCUCCGCCGGAUGCUUUCAACUCCCAAUGGCUGGUACGAGAUCUUCGAAGAAAAUCUGAGGAGGAGUUCAAAGCUUACGCAUCGCUAUUUAUGCGCCAUCUUUGCGAAUCUGGAGCUGAUAAUGCGGAAACUUUCGUCGACGGUGUACCACGUGAAGGUUUGAGCAGGCAACAUGUCUUGACCAGGAUCGGAAUAAUGUCGAUGAUAAGGAAAAAGGUUCUAGAGUUCGAGCACAUCAAUGGCGGAUGUAGCAUGCCAGAAAUAAUUGAGAUGAAGAGCCCCGACCAUAAUCAACCUACUAAUACCAUACGAGACGCUGACAUGGAUGCAACAACGAGUGAAAUGCCAGAUAACAGUGCCGCCCCAAGUGCCACUCCUAAUGAUAGUGGAGAAACUACAGAAAACGUACAAAAACCUGAAGUCGAUGAAAAAAAUCAAGAAAUGGAAGUUGAAGAAAGAGGAGCAAAACAUGUAUCUUCCGCAGAAGAAAAUGAAUCUAAAGAAAUAGAAGAAAUGAAGGAUGAGAAUACAACAGAAGCAACUAAACCAAAGGAGGUUCAAAAGGAGACACAAGCUCAGAAAGAAAAUACCAAAAUAGAAUCCGCACCUCCCGAGAAAAGAAAAUUCAUGUUCAAUAUUGCCGACGGAGGUUUUACAGAGCUGCACUCUCUAUGGCUCAAUGAAGAAAAAGCGGCGACACUUGGAACACAACAUGAAAUUUGGCAUCGUCGUCAUGAUUAUUGGCUGUUGGCCGCUAUUGUUGUUCAUGGUUACGGAAAGUGGCAGAGUAUCCUAGAGGAUUCAAGAUUCGGAAUUAUUCAUGAACCUUUCAAAAUAGACGCUUCAAGGAGCAACUUUUUGGAAAUCAAAAAUAGGUUCCUGGUGAGGAGAUUUAAGGUAUGUAUACCUAGAAUAAGUUGGUGA